AAGCCCACAGUAAAGAUGACGCCGCCGAGACCGGAACUGAGCCGAGACCACACUAAAGAUGGCGGCCCCGGCCCGGAAGUUCGCCCCGAGGCCACACUCAAGAUGGCGCCGCCAGGACGGCAACUUAGCCGAGGCCACACUAAAGAUGGCGCCGCGCCGCCCGUUCUUCCCGUUCCGCUCCGCUCCCGCUCCCGCUCCCGCCCCCGCCCCCGCCUCCGCCCCGCUCGGUCCCGCCGUGCCCUGGAGAUGCUGUCGGGGCUGCGCCGCCGCCUUCCCCCCUCCGGAAGCGACCCACGGCGGCAGAUCCGACGGAGAUCGUCCUUGGGGGUGACGAAGCUUAUGGAAAAAAAGACCAAAGGCCUGGAGGCUCCCUCUUUCCCUUCGGUCGCCGUGGGUGUGCCGGACGCCUCUGGCAGGACUAACCCUGUGGCUUUUCUGUCCAACGUGCUGUGUGCCUGCAGAAUUGCCACGAGAGGAAAUACCUCAGAGGGGCUUCCCUCCAGAUAAGCCCUGAAUAUGCCAGGAGGUCUCAGCCGGGAGAAAGGAGCUGUGGAAGAAAACCAGCCUAAAAAUAGCCAGUGGGGAUCAUCAGGUUUUCCAGCCAAGAAAAACAAGGAGGGAGAUGAGGGAAUCGGGUUCCAAUUCCUAAUGAUUUGGUG